AUGGACAAUAACGGCCGUCAUGGGGGGAGUAUCAAGGUAAACCCACCGGCUGGAACUCCCGAGUACCAGGCUCCGGAGAUCUUCAUGGGCGAGGAACACUCCUUCGGUGUUGAUUAUCUCCUCACCGACGCCACAACUCGGCUCGGCCGCAACGGCGCCGCCGAGGUCAAAGCCCACCCCUUCUUCACCAACAUCCCCUUCCCCCACCUCCGCCACCACCCCGCGCCCUUCCGGCCCCCCCUCCUAUCCGACACCGACACGCGCCACUUCCCCGUCGCGCGCCUCCGGCAGCGCCAGGCCGAGCGGGAUUACGACGCCGCGUUCGACCGCUUCUUCGACCCCAUGUUUGACGAGCUGUUUGAGGCGGCUGUGGUUCGCUAUGGGUUGGGCGUUGUUGGGGUCGCCGGGGGGAAGGGGGAGGAGGGGGGAGAGGGUGGUGAUGGUGGUUGUGGGUAUGGUGGUGGUUAUGGGUAUGGUGGUGGUUAUGGGUAUGGGUAUGCGGCGUUCCCAGAGCUGUCCGUGCGGAUGCUGCCGGUGCCGGUGCCGAGUGUGCCGAGCAUGCCGACGGUGCUGCUUCGGCCGGGCGGGCUGGAGGGGGGUCGCGGGCGUGAGAGGAUGGGUUUGGAGUGUAUUGGGUUUGAGUAUAAGCGGUUUGAUGAGAGCUUCUUGGGAGGGGAGGGCAUGGGUGAGGUGGUGGGUUGAGCGCGCGGGUUGUUGGGAAUAGGGGCUUGGUUGUUACAGUAGAGUUGUUGUAGUUACAUGGUAGCGCUUUGCUCCUUUUCGGCGCAUAUUCUUAACCUCAACUUGCUAGAGAGCGCUUGGGUUCUUGGGAAUAGGGGUUUGGUUUUCACGACAGCUGUGUGUUUG